AUGAAGUAUAUUUCCGUCUUAUCGGCCUCUGUCACAGCUCUGUUUGCCUGGUUCAAUCCUGAUCCGUCGAUCAUCAGAGUGGAUGAGGACUUUUUCUUAGCCACCAGUACAUUUGAGUUCUUUCCUGGUGUCCCUAUUUACCACUCAAAAGACCUUGUGAAAUGGGAAAAUAUCGGCCAUGCGCUUACUCGACCUUCUCAGCUGAACUUGCGCGGCACUGCUCCAAGCGGCGGCAUCUUUGCACCAACGUUGAGACACCACGAUGGCAUCUUCUACUUGAUUGAUACUGCAUUUGAUAUAAUCAACCCACCUGAUAAUGUCACCAGAGUACCUCGGUCGUUCUAUGUGACGACCAGAGAUAUUUUUGAUGAGACCAGUUGGAGCGAGCCUACCUAUGUAGAUCAAUGGGGAUUUGACCCUGAUCUCUUUUUCGAUGACGACGGCAAGGUUUAUCUCACGACAACGUUUUCGGAAUUUGUUGACAAUGGAAACUUUGCCAACUGGAUCACCGAGAUCGAUAUCAAGACGGGCAACUCAUUGAGCAACUCUCGGCUUUUUCAUACGACAACUGUACCGCCUGAACUUGGUUAUCCACUGACCGAGGGAAGCCACCUAUACAAAUUCAACGGAACGUACUACAUGCUUACCGCUGACUCGGGAACCGAAGCCAACCACAAAGCGAACGUGUAUAGAUCUAAAGCCUUGGAUGGACCUUGGGAGGGUAACCCACACAACCCCGUCUUAUGGAACGGAAAAGACAUGUCUCUCCCCGUCCUCGCAACUGGUCACGCGGAUAUCUUGAAUGACACUGAAGGCAACUGGUGGGCAGUCUUUCUCGCCGUUCGACCACAGAACCCAAGAAACAGUAGCGGCCUGCCUCAACUUGGCCGUGAGACAUUCUUGUGUCCCGUGACGUGGGACGUAAAUGGAUGGCCGAUUUUCAAUGAAGGUGCACCAAUCACCGAGCACAUGCCAAAUGUCUUAUAUGACCUUGAAAGGCCUCUGACUUGGCGUGACGACUUUGAUGGCGGGCUAGUAGACAAAUCGUAUUACUACCUGCGGACGCCAUACAAGGAUUUCAAAGAUUUCGAGUCUAACCCCGGAAAGCUUCGUAUUAGAGGAAACGUUUACACGCUCAGCGACAGGGAAACGCCUGCGGCACUACUACGAAAGCAGACCGACAUCAACACCACCUUCAGCACCGAGAUCAGCGCGUUCAGCCCAGAUUCCUGGCGACAGGAGGCCGGUGCUAGCGUAUACCUCAGCAUCCAUUACCACAACGAGGUCGCCAUUGGAUACUCAAAUGAGACUGGAAAGAGAUGUAUUGUCACUCACACCAGGACUGGCCCUGACGCAACACUCAAUACUACCUAUGUCGAGGAUGAGGAAGUUGGCAAUGGUGUUCCUGUGAAACUGUUCAUUGAGGCAAAAGACUUGGGCUACCGACUUGGCUACUCGACUGGCGGCAAAGAACCACGGUGGCUCGCUGGCGUUGAAAAUCGCUGGUUGCAGUCUUACGUGGAAGGCUGGCAGAACUUUGUCGGGACGCACUUUGCCAUCUACAACACAGGCGCAAAGCUUCCAACCCUAAAUGCGGCUGAUUUUGAAUACAUCCAGACGGAGCUAAACUAG